UCGGACGCGCCCGAUUGUAUUCGCAUAAACCGUCAAGAACAGGUCCUAUACCACCCUCCUAGCAUGAACGUAUACGAGACGAAGCGCGCCGAGAAGAUUGCUCGCAAUCAAGCUCUCCUGCGCGACCUCGGGCUCAACGAAAAAGCCCAUAACAAGGCCGACAGAGGUAGCAGACCAUCUGCAAAGAAGCGGAAGCUCGAGACUAAAGUUCAGGCAACCCCGUCACGCGUAUCUGCUCGCAUUGCUGCCACGCCGUCGCGUCCGGUCUACAACGAGGAUGAACAUAAGAAAGUAGGUAGGGUAGCAGCGAAGAGUGUUGCACGAAGAGCUGCGCCAGUCAAGACGGAGACCGACACAUCAGCACCCACGGGCAGCUCACGUUACUCCCCAGAGGCGAUUGAGGAAAUCAAAGCGCGAUGGACGUCGUGGACGCCUAGCGCAUCUGUGCCUACACGCUCACAAGACAGUCGGUUCCACUUCGACGACUUCGAGGACUUUACGCCAAACAAGUCGCCCGAAGAAAUACUACGUGAGGGCGCUUUUGGAGGCACAUUCUUCCGGCCCUUGUUCUCCCGCACACUGGGCAUCACGGUGCAGGAUGACUGGACUGACAUACCCGCCGCCUGGAUCUCAGGCCUCAAUACAGAGAAAUACCUCACGAGCACAGAAUACGAUCCCGCGGUCAACAAAUACGGCGUGUCUUGUGGACAGUCCAUCGAAGAGUGGGAAGCUGCGGGCUGGAUACGGCAUGAUUUUGAUGCGCGGGGCUGGUUUCAGUGGUACUAUCGCUUUUUCCUAGGGCGACGUUGCGAUGACGACGAAAGACAGAUCUCGCGGUGGAAGAAGUGUGUCGGACAGACUGGGCGGUGGAGGAGGAUCUUGCUGAAGAAGUACGUGCAGAUGGGCAUCAGGACCGUCGCCGAUGAGGGCGAAGAGGAGGGUGAAGAGGAAGCGAGAGAGGUCAGUCCUGUCGUUCAUCAGACCUGCCUGCACUGGGCGUACGAAGUGCGGCAGGAUGCUUUGGAUGAGUUCUGGGCGAAUGGGACAUGACCGAUGAUAUCCGGCGCCUUGUCGACUGCAAAUAUUAUAUGCUUCAUAUCUUAUAUCGCCGAACAAUACGCUACUCUAGCAGUCAUGAUCAGAGAUCAGGUCAGCGCAUGUGUCUUAUUAUACCCAAGCUUCUCGGUGUCUGCUAAGCUCCAGCCUCCCAGCAAGGUUGUUGA